AUGGCAACAAAAAGGCCAAUAUUUGACCUAGGACGAAAUUUAUUGGAACAAUGUGCCAAUAUAAUCGACAAGAAAAAGUUGUUGAAUGAGUUGUGGUUAGAGAUACAUAAUUGUGUUAGUUUGGCAGAGGGAAACGAUGAAGAUAUCAAAGACCUUGUGAUUAAUCUUCAAGGAUUGAGGUUGGAUUUGGAAGCUAAGAGGAGUGCAAGAACUGAAAUAUCUAUCAAGCCUCCAAAAAUUUCGAAGAAUAAAGGCACUGGAGUUCAUGUGAAAAAUGUAGAGACUUCAAAUGUUGAAACAAGAUCUAUAGAGACUUCAAAUGUUGAAACAAGAUCUGAAAGUGGGAAAAGGCUAGAGGGGAACAAAGAAAAGGUAGUUGAACAAAACCAGAAAAAGAAGAGGUUAUGCAAAGGUUGUGGGGAAUUGAGUCACCAUGAUAUUCAAAAUUGUCCAAAGAAAGUUAGGUGA